ACUUCCGGAAAGGUUAAAUUCGCAAAGAAAACCACGGUGUGCGCCCGUGGAUGAGUAAAGCUGAACUGUUGUCUUCAUUCAUUUCUUCCCUUACUUUGUCAUUUUACAGUUGUCAGUGUGUCUCCACUUUUUUAUGUUAGCUUUCCUAACAGGUGCAUGUUGGUUUUGCUGUUGCUUGGAAUAAAGGUGUGCACAAAGGUUUGCACACCCAACAUCAGCUGGAUGUAAAUGCAGAGUCUGCACUGAGGCAUGUCGAUAUCGGUGAUCAUCAAGUGGGGAGGACAGGAGUAUUCCAUCAGUUCUCUGUCUGAGGAGGACACUGUCAUGGACCUGAAACAGUCCAUUAAGACGCUGACCGGGGUGCUGCCAGAGAGACAAAAGCUGCUGGGACUCAAAGUCAAAGGUAAACCUGCAGAGGAUGAGAUGAAGCUGGGUUCUCUGAAACUGAAGCCCAACACCAAAAUCAUGAUGAUGGGAACCAGAGAGGAGAGCCUGGAGGAGGUUUUAGCUCCUCCCCCAGAGAACGACGACGUGGUAAAUGAUUUUGAUAUUGAGGAGGAAUUUAUUGAAGUGGAGAACAGAGAGGAGAAUUUGGCUAAAAUUGCUCGUAGAGUAAAAGACUAUAAAGUGGAAGAGCUGAGCCCUCCCAGAAAAGGAAAGAGGCUGUUGGUGCUGGAUGUGGACUACACACUGUUUGAUCACAAAUCCUGUGCAGAAACGGGCCAGGAGCUGAUGAGACCGUAUCUGCACGAGCUUCUAACAUCUGCCUACGAGGAUUAUGAUAUUGUCAUCUGGUCUGCUACAAGUAUGAAGUGGAUAGAUGCCAAAAUGAAAGAGCUGGGAGUGACAGUCAACCCUAACUACAAGAUCACGUUUAUGCUGGACAGUGCAGCCAUGAUCACAGUACACACCCCAAAACGUGGAGUGGUGGAGGUUAAGCCUUUGGGUGUGAUAUGGGGAAAAUACGACGAGUUUUACAGCAGAAAAAACACCAUCAUGAUCGAUGACAUUGGUAGAAACUUUCUCAUGAACCCGCAGAACGGACUGAAGAUCCGACCCUUUAUGAAGGCUCACCUCAACAGAGAGAAGGACAAGGAGCUGUACAAACUGGCUCAGUACCUCAAAGAAAUCGCCAAGCUCGAUGAUUUCAGCGGGCUCAAUCACAAGCACUGGGAGAAGUACUUAUCGAAGAGGCAGCGGCACUGAAGAAAGGACCGCAUUACCCACAAACACCUGGAACCAAAUGCUCUUUCAGCUGAAACACGAAGAACAGACUCAUCUUGGUUUGGCUUUCACAAUGUAAACACAUUUUAAAGGAGUUUUUUGAACAUUUAUUGAAGUGGCUGUGACAACAGAUUUUGAAAGGAUAAAAAUAUAAAACAGGACUCUAAUAAAGCCUUAGAUGACCAGAAAGCAUGUGACAUCGAGUCUUCCAGAAUAUCUUUGAAUUGAUGUUAAAAGAAAAAACCAAAACAUGUUUUAGUUUGACCACCAUGCCCUGCUGCUUCACUAAAAUAAUCCAACCGGCAUUUCUUUUUAUGCAGCAGACUGAAAGCAUCUUCUUUUUUCUGGAUUAUUGAUUUAAAGCAGUGAAAAUAUAUAUAUAUAUAUAUAUUGUGUUUCCCAAAGUAUUAUAUUAAAAAAAUAAGUUGCAUCAAAUACAAAACUGUUACUGCAACAUGCAGUUGGACACGCAGCACUGAGCAAUAAUUCCUGAACUAACUUAAGACUGAAAUCUGCUUCUUUUAACUCAAGUUUCACUUCAAUGCUUCCAUCAAACAGCAAACUGUAGUAAAUGUUUUUUUACUUGAAUGCAGGCGUGAGGACGUGUUCUAUACAAAUAGUACAUGGGCACAGUUGGAAGAGUUGCCAGUAGAGUGUUACUGUGUAUUUGUUCAGUUUUUCGUUUAUUUUUUUUUUAUAAGUUAGUUGUGGUUGUGAUAAUCAAAGAACAAAAAAUGUUGGUUUUUCCAUUUUUCUUUAUUUAAAAAGGUCAAGAUGGGAGAUGAAUAUCAAACAAUUUCAAGUUUUCUUGGGACGUAGACGAAGUAGGGAAGGAUUCUUGCCUGAGAUUUCCAGAUGUUGCAGAAAAAUAAGAUCCUGAUUAAUUCAUGAGAUGAUCUUCUAAUCUGCCAAUGAUUUUCUUUGUCUUUUUGACAUCCACCUGUACAUUUGCAAUAAAAUGCUUUUUUGUAAA